AUGGCCAAAGACGCAAAGAAGAAGAAAGCCGACAAGAAGGCUCGAGUCGCAGAGAAGACGGCCAAGAAGGAAAAGCAAAAAGAAAAAAAGCAGAGCAAAAAGCCUACCAAAGACGACGACAGCGAUGUUGAGGAUGCGGAUCUCGAUGCUAUGCUCGCCGCAUAUCAAAAACAGCAAGAACAGUUUUUGAAAGUUACAGAAGCGCCAUCAGACCCUCCAUCGCCGAGAUCUUCGGCCACGCUUGUUGCAUCGCCCAGUAACAGCAGUGAGCUUUUCCUCUUUGGUGGCGAGUACUACAAUGGUGCCCUGGCCACGUUCUUCAACGAUUUGUAUGUGUACAAGAUCAACCAGGAUGUAUGGCGCAAAGUCACUUCUCCAAAUACGCCGCUCCCGCGAAGCGGGCAUGCGAUGUGUCAGGGUGGAAAUGGAGGAGGCAUCUACCUCUUCGGUGGCGAGUUCUCGUCUCCCAAGCAGGGUACUUUCUACCACUACAACGACUUCUGGAGACUAGAGCCUAGUACGAGAGAAUGGACGAAACUUGAAGGAAAGGGCGGUCCCCCGGCUCGAAGUGGGCAUCGCAUGACUGCCUUCAAGAACUACAUCAUCCUAUUUGGUGGCUUCCAAGAUACAAGUCAGCAAACCAAGUACCUGCAGGAUAUCUGGAUCUACGACACACAACGUUUUGUCUGGCAUGCACCAGUACUGCCUCCAGCGAGCCAAAAGCCCGAUCCUCGAAGCUCCUUCAGCUUGCUUCCACACGAGAGUGGUGCUGUAAUCUAUGGAGGGUACUCCAGAGUGAAGGCAAGCGCUGCAUUGAGAGCUACAAAGGGCGGGAAGGUCGGGGCAUCGAGAGUCGUGAUGAAGCCAAUGGUACAUCAAGAUACAUGGUUCCUGCGAAUCACGCCUCCUGCUGCAGAUGCACCAGCAAAUACUCUCCCUACGGUAAGAUGGGAACGCAGAAAACGACCGGCCAAUACUCCGAAUCCACCUCGUGCUGGAGCUACCAUGGCACACCACAAAGGACGUGGAAUCUCAUUCGGUGGUGUGCACGACGUUGAAGAGAGUGAGGAAGGUAUCGACAGUGAAUUCUUCAAUUUAUUGCACGCCUACAACAUCGAUCGAAAUCGGUUCUUCCAGCUUGGUCUAAGACGGCCACGCACAUCAGGGAAGAAAGCGGUACCUGCUUCCGAGAGGGGGAAGCGUGGUAGAGGCAAGGCGGAUGAGGAGGAAUUGUUGAGGAAUCUGGCACUUAUCGAGAACAAGGGCUCCCUUGGAGAUGAAGACAUGCCAGACGCACCGGCUGCAAAUGGUGACGAUGAGGACGACGAGCCGGCGAAAAUCGAGAAGCCGACAAUGUGGGAGAUGCCUCAUCCUCGAUUCAAUGCACAAUUGGCAGUGCAAGAGGAUACGUUGUACAUUUUUGGUGGUACUUUCGAGAAGGGUGAUCGAGAGUUUACCUUUGACGAGAUGUGGGCGAUUGAUCUUGGAAAGCUCGACGGUGUGAAAGAAGUCUUCAAGCGUGAACUCGAAGAUUGGCAAGGCAGUGAAGACGAAGAGAGCGAUGAAGACGAUGAGGAGGAGGGUUCUGAUGACGAGGAGGAUGAGGAUAUGGAAGACGCAGAACCUAGCACACCAGUGGCUUCCGUGGCAGACGAAGUCUCAGUGGCAGCGUCCGAGCCCACGGCGGCCACAGAAGCCGACGCAGACGAACAAGAGACCACAUCGGCUCAAAAGGACGAUCUGCCAAUGCCCAGACCCUUCGAAACGUUACGCGACUUCUUCUCAAGAACCUCGACAGAGUGGCAAGAGGUCAUUCUGGAGAAGAUGAAGUAUGAGCGAAAUGUUGAAGAUCGAUCCGUGAAGGAGAUCCGUAAGAAAGCUUUCGAUCGUGCAGAACAGAAAUGGUGGGAUUGCCGGGAGGAGAUUCAGGCUCUGGAGGAUGAGCAGGAGGCAGCUGGUAUUUCUGAGGUGGUCAGUCUGGCGGAAAGAGGAGGAGAAGGCGGUGCUCCUCGAAGAAGGUAG